CCAUCAUCGUCAUCAGCACUGUCACGACACCUCUUCUCUUCUCUUCUCUCCCAAAAACUCUCUCUCUCUCUCUCUCUCUCUCUCUCUCUCUCUGAUACGCAAAACCGGUAACGAUAAAAACUCCAUUCGCCAUAACCCAAUCUCUAUCUCCUCGUAACCCAUCAAUCUUGAAUCGAUUCAGCUUUGUUUUCGAAUCAAUCGAUAAAGGAAGUCGAAGAAGACGAUGUACGUACAGGCGGUGCCACCCACGGAUCUGAAUCGGAACACGGAGUGGUUCACGUACCCUGGGGUUUGGACCACCUACAUUCUAAUCCUUUUCUUCUCAUGGCUCACCGUUCUAUCUAUAUUCGGUUGCUCCUCCGGCAUGGCCUGGACCAUCGUCCACCUAGCCCAUUUUCUCGUUACCUACCACUUCUUUCAUUGGAAAAAGGGGACCCCAUUUGCUGAUGAUCAAGGUAUUUACAAUGGAUUGACUUGGUGGGAACAGAUUGACAAUGGCAAACAACUCACACGAAACAGAAAGUUUCUAACUGUUGUUCCUGUUGUGCUGUACUUGAUAGCCUCUCACACAACAGAUUAUGAACACCCUAUGCUCUUCUUCAAUACACUGGCGGUUUUCGUGUUGGUAGUGGCCAAGUUCCCAAACAUGCACAAAGUUCGAAUAUUUGGAAUCAAUGCUGAUCAUUGAUUUGAGUUAAUGACAAGACAGAAUUCAAGCUUGGAUUUACUCUGGUUUCCUGGUCUAAUCAUUUUGACCUUUCCAAUCUCUGUAGAGAUGUUGAAACUUACUUGGAAAGGGAGAUAUAUCAUGUCUAAUGAAGUGAGCUUUUCCUCUUUUUUAAGCAUUAGCUGUAAGUUACACAUGGAAAUAUUUUCAAUGCAUUUUCUGGUUAUACGAGCUAA